UAAUGACAGAAGCCAGGGCAGUUAAACACUUAGAGCCCCCACCUGACACGUCUUCACAAGAGCAAGCUGACCUUCUCAUAGUGAAAGUGGAAGAAGAGGACUGUUCCUGGACGCAGGGGUACAACCGGCCAGUGUUUGAGACUUUCUAUCAGCGUUUCAAGCACUUCCAGUACCACGAGGCAGCAGGACCUCGGGAUGCUCUCAGCCAGCUCCGGAUACUCUGCUGUGAGUGGCUGAGGCCGGAGCUGCACACCAAAGAGCAGAUCUUAGAGCUGUUGGUGCUGGAGCAGUUCCUCGCCAUCCUGCCUGAGGAAUUUCAAGCCUGGGUGAGAGAACAUCACCCCGAGAGCGGAGAAGAAGCCGUGGCUGUGAUAGAAAGUAUCCCGAGAGAGCUGGAGGAACGCAGGCAACAGAUUGUCACAUGCCCUGAAGUGCUUCCUCAGAAGACAGUACCAUCCGGAGCCACGCAGGAGUCCUUUGGUCACCAGUUUCUGCCUGUGGAGGCCAAGUCUGAUCAAGAGCCAGAGACUCUCCUGGAAGCCAAUGCCCUUCCUGUUCUCCAGGGUCCUCCCUCUCCUGGGAAGGACAGCCAGGAACUGACAGCCUCGCCGCUCUCGGUGGGGUCCCAGAAGUUGAUGAAAAUCGAAGAUGUGGCUGAUGUGGCUGUGUCCUUCAUCCUGGAGGAAUGGGGACGUUUGGACCAGUCCCAGAAGCCUCUUAGUAGGGAUGGCAUAAAGGAGGAUUGUGAGAGUGCCACUCCUUUGGAUUAUGAGCCCAAGGAGGGCAACGCAGAGCUCAUAGUACAGCAGACUUCUGAUGAAGCCGAUCCACACUGGGUGGCAGCAGAAAGCACAGGAAAGAACGGUGCUCAGAGUCAAGAGCUUGCAGAAGUUAGUGACCUGAAGGACAUGGUACAGAGGUGGCAGGUGAAUCCCACGGCGGGGAAGUCAAAGCAGAAGAGAUCUCUGAGCUCAGGCCCAGAUGUCAACCGUAAGCAGAAAUCCAAUGGUGAGCGAGGUCACAGAUGCAGUGACUGUGGGAAAUUUUUCCUCCAAGCCUCAAACUUCAUUCAGCAUCGGCGAAUCCACACAGGAGAGAAACCAUUUCAGUGUGGGGAAUGUGGGAAAAGCUACAAUCAGCGGGUGCACCUCACCCAGCACCAGAGAGUCCACACUGGCGAGAAGCCUUACAAGUGCCAGGUGUGCGGGAAAGCGUUCCGAGUGAGCUCCCACCUGGUGCAGCAUCACAGCGUCCACAGUGGGGAGAGGCCGUACGGCUGCAGUGAGUGCGGGAAGAGCUUCGGUCGGCACUCGCACCUGAUUGAGCACCUGAAACGCCACUUCAGAGAGAAAUCCCAAAGAUGCAGUGACAAAAGAAGUAAGAACACUAAACUGAACCUUAAGAAAAUUCCAGAGUUUUCAGAAGCAGACAUGGAACUAUCAGAAGAAAUCCAACGGACUGCUUCUGAGGUCCAAGGUCAUGGUGAAGGCUAUGAACACCAUGACACAGAAGGUAGACAGCAGGGAACUGUCAUGAAAGAAUUGCCAGGACAGCCCUCUUCAAAGAGGACAACUUGCAAUGAGUUCAGCUAUGUCCACAAAAAGUCCUCCACAGGAGAGAGGCCACAUAAAUGCAACGACUGUGGGAAAAGCUUCAUUCAGAGUGCACACCUCAUUCAGCACCGCCGAAUCCACACUGGGGAGAAGCCAUUCAGGUGUGACGAGUGUGGGAAAAGCUACAACCAGCGUGUCCACCUCACUCAACAUCACCGAGUCCACACAGGUGAAAAGCCCUACGCCUGUCCCUUAUGUGGGAAAGCCUUCCGAGUGAGGUCCCAUCUGGUCCAGCACCAGAGUGUGCACAGCAGGGAGAGGCCCUUCAAGUGUAGUGAGUGUGGGAAGGGAUUUGGGAGGCGCUCGCAUCUCGCAGGUCACCUCAGACUCCACUCAAGAGAGAAGUCCCACCAGUGCCACGAGUGUGGAGAGAUCUUCUUCCAGUACGUCAGCCUCCUUGAGCACCAAGUGCUGCACGUGGGCCAGGAGAGCGAGAAGGGCGGUGUCUGCGAAGAAGCCUGCAGCUGGAACCUGACAGUCAUCGGGGAGAAGCUGGAGCUGGAGGAGCAGCCGUACCAGUGUGAUUCCUGCAGGAAAGCCUUCCGCUACAGCUCUGACCUGAUUCAGCAUUACAGAACUCACACUGCAGAGACGUCACAGAAGUGUGAUGCAUGCAGGGACAGUACCGCCGGCGGCCAGUGUCCCCACCUAAAACAACAUCAGACAGUCUGCCCCAGCGGGAAAUCCCAUCAGUGCAGUGGGUGUGGGAGGGGCUUCAGUCUGAAGUCUCACCUCAGUCAACAUCAGAGAAUCCACGCUGGUGAGAAGCCCUUCCAGUGCAAAGAGUGUGGGAUGAGUUUCGGUUGGAGCUGUAGCCUCUUUAAACACCUGCGAAGCCAUGAGAGGACAGAUCCUUAAACCCCGGGAGCAGACAGCGAUCCGUGUGUGCUGGGAAGCAGCCUGGUUUUAGAGAAGCCUUCUGCAGCUAUCAUAAGUGUAAUGACAGCAUCAAGAGUUUUUCCACCGUAACCACCCACGCUACAUGUGAGGGGAAGUCCUGUAGUAGAACUUAGCCUUCAGGAACACUAGCAUCCAGUGAGUGUUCUGGUUAGCAUCUCCAUGCUUGGAAAGCUGGAUGAAAAGAGAGUCUGGCUAGCUGUGGUGGUGCUGGCUGUAAUCCUUGGGAGGCAGAGAGGCAAAUACCUGGUUUACAUAGCAAGAUCUAGGCCAGCCAGAGCUCCAUAGUGAGACCCCCUGACUGAGACAGACAGAGAGAAAAAGAAACAGACACACUUCUGGGUACUGGUGGAUGAAGGGGUGUCUUUUUCUUUGUUUUGU